AGAUGCUGCUGAGAAAUCUGGCACACAGUCUGAUGAAGCUGGGGUCAGGAUGGAUUCUGAAGACCAGAUAACAACCUCACAAAUGGACCAGGAAGCAGAGUGUGCAGAAGAUCCCAGCCUUUCCCAGGAAAAAACUGUGCAGCUGGCUUCUGCAAACCCCGCCAUCUCGUCUACUCCUUAUCAGUGUACAGUUUGCCAGUCUGAAUACAAUAACUUGCAUGGACUUCUGACACAUUACGGCAAAAAACAUCCUGGCAUGAAAGUGAAAGCUGCAGACUUUGCUCAGGAUAUAGACAUUAACCCAGGGGCCGUGUACAAGUGUAGACACUGCCCAUACAUUAACACACGCAUUCAUGGCGUUCUCACACACUACCAGAAGCGGCACCCAUCAAUAAAGGUCACUGCUGAAGAUUUUGUGCAUGAUGUGGAGCAGUCAACUGAUAUUGCUCAGAAUGAUGUGGAAGAGACCAGCAGGAUUUUUAAGCAAGGCUAUGGUGCUUAUCGAUGCAAACUGUGCCCUUACACUCAUGGUACACUGGAGAAGCUCAAAAUUCACUAUGAGAAAUAUCACAAUCAGCCUGAAUUUGAUGUUUUUGCCCAGUCACCACCAAAAGUAUCUGCUUCCCUGGAGCCAGACAUGGUGACUGAAAUCAAGGCCUCUCCAGAAAUUGCUGCUGAGGAUGUUGGAGAAAUCUCUGUUGCAGCGCCUCAUUUCUCCAGUUCUCAUUUAGUGUCUCACACAGUUUUCCGGUGUCAGCUCUGCAAAUAUUUUUGCUCUACCCGGAAGGGGAUAGCCAGGCACUACCGUAUCAAACAUAACAAUGUCCGGGCACAGCCGGAGGGCAAGAACAACCUCUUCAAAUGUGCUUUGUGUUCCUACACCAACCCUAUUCGCAAAGGGCUUGCGGCACACUACCAGAAAAGACAUGACAUUGAUGCUUACUACACUCAUUGCUUAGCAGCCUCCAGGACAGUAAGCGACAAACCCAAUAAAGUGAUCAUUCCAUCUCCUCCUAAAGAUGACACUCCUCAGUUAAGUGAGGAGCUGAGGAGAGCUGUAGAGAAGAAGAAAUGCUCGCUUUGUUCCUUCCAGUCCUUCAGCAAAAAGGGUAUUGUGUCCCACUACAUGAAGCGUCACCCUGGUGUUUUCCCGAAGAAGCAGCAUGCAAGUAAGCUUGGGGGUUACUUCACUGCCGUGUAUGCUGAUGAGCAUGAAAAGCUGACUCCAGCUGAGGAGAGGAAUGAGUUUGAGAAGCCUGAAGUGGAGAGUGAGGCUCAGGAAAUUGAGUGGCUUCCCUUCAGGUGCAUAAAAUGUUUCAAGCUGUCCUUUAGCACAGCGGAGCUGCUGUGCAUGCAUUACACUGACCACCACAGCAAGGAUUUGAAGAGAGACUUUACCAUACUGGGAAGUGGCACCCGCUCUCAGAAUGCUGUCUACCAGUGCAAGCAUUGCGAUAUGAAAUUGCAUAGCACAGCAGAGCUGACUGCACACUUGAAUGGUCACAAUGAGGAGUUCCAGAAACGUGCCAAACGUCAGGAGAGGAGGAAGCAGCUUCUAAGCAAGCAGAAAUACGCAGAUGGUGCUUUUGCAGAUUUCAAACAAGAGAGGGCUUUUGGACACCUGGAAGAUGUUUCAAAACUUAAAGAGCGGAAGGUAGUUGGUUACAAGUGUAAAUUUUGUGUGGAAGUCCAUCCAACGCUUCGAGCCAUUUGUAAUCACCUCCGCAAACAUGUCCAGUAUGGGAAUGUCUCUUCUGUGUCAGCUACAGUAAAGGUGAGAAUUUUAAAACUGUGACUGCUACUUUUUGCA